GGGGGCGACCGGCGCGGCAGGGCUCGGGAGCGGGGUCCUAGCGGCCGGAGGAGGCGCCGGCCAGGCCCGCCCUUUCGGCGCCCCCGGGGCCUCAGUUUGUUUUCAGCAGCCUCACUCCGCCGGGGGCUGUCUCGCAGACACUUGGGACUGACCAAGGGUGGCUCGAGGCAGCUCAGGUGAAGCGCUCUCUCCUUUGGUGACUACCCGAGCAGGAGACGCCCCGAUUCCAGCGUGAGGCAGUGACCGCAUAGUGGUCCCUAGCGCAGGCUCUGGCGGCAGAUCCGGGUUUGUACUCACUGUGUGACCUUGGACAAGUCACUUCACCUUAUGGUCUUUAGUUGCUUCGUUUGUCAGAGAGCACUCGGCUGGUCCAGGGGGGCAGCAUGUCAGUACUUUCAGCAAUGUCCCUGCCUCAACCCCAGAAGCCAUGGAGGAGAUAAGGUAGCUCCCUACCCACACCGGAUGGGGAAGCCCAGUUCCAUGGAUACAAAAUAUAAGGAUGACUUAUUUCGGAAGUAUGUGCAAUUCCAUGAGGGCAAAGUGGACUCCCCCCCUAGCAAGCAGCGGCCUGACAGCGAUGAGUACCUGCGGGUGGCGGCCUCGGCCCUGCUCAGCCUGCACAAGGUUGACCCCUUUUAUCGAUUCCGGCUGAUCCAGUUCUACGAGGUGGUGGAGCGCUCCCUGCGCUCGCUGGGCUCCUCCAGCCUGCGGGCCUUGCACUGCGCCUUCAGCCUGCUUGAGACUAUGGGCGUCAACCUCUUUCUCUACCCAUGGAAGAAGGAGUUCAAAAGCAUCAAGACCUACACAGGCCCUUUUGUUUAUUAUGUCAAGUCGACGUUAUUGGAAGAGGACAUCCAAGCCAUCCUGAAUUACAUGGGCUACGUGCCUGAGAUGGGGACCGCGUACAAGCUCAGAGAGCUGGUGGAGACCCUCCAGGUGAAGAUGGUCUCCUUUGAGCUCUUCCUGGCCAGGGUAGAGUGUGAGCAGUUGCUGGAGAUCCAUUCACAUGUGAAGGACAAGGGCUACUCUGAACUGGACGUCGUGAGUGAGCGCAAGACCAGCGCUGAGGAUGUGCGUGGCUGCUCAGACGCCCUGCGGUGGCGGGCUGAGGGCAGGGAGCAUCUGACAGCCUCCAUGGCCCGGGUGGCACUCCAGAAGUCGGCCAGCGAGCGGGCGGCCAAGGACUACUACAAGCCUCGUGUGACCAAGUCCUCGAGGUCAGUGGACACCUAUGACAGCUACUGGGAGAGCAGGAAGCCACCCCUGAAGGCCUCGUUGAGCCUGCGGAAGGAGCCUGUGGCAGCAGACUUGGGGGAUGACCUCAAAGACGAGAUAAUCCGCCCGUCCCCCUCGCUCCUGGCCAUGUCCAGCUCCCCGCACGGCAGUCCGGAUGACCUGCUGACCUCCUCCCCCAACAACGGCCUUGGCCAGUUGCGCGGCACAUACUUCUCCGCUCAGGAUGACGUGGACCUGUACACAGACUCGGAACCUAGGGCCACGUACCGCAGGCAGGACGCCCUGCGGCCGGAUGUGUGGCUGGUCAGAAAUGACGCCCACCCACUCUACCAUAAGCGCGCACCCUCCGCCAAAGAGUCCGCCCUCUCCAAGUGCCAGAACUGUGGUGUGUCGUGUAGCUCCUCCCUCUGCCAGCGCUGUGACAGCCUGCUCGCCUGUCCCCCCGCCUCCAAGCCCAGCGCCGGCCCCAGCAAGGCCUCCACCCACGAGAGCCUGGCCCACGGGGCGUCUCUGCGGGAGAAGUACGUGGGCCAGACUCAGGGCCUCGACCGGCUGCCACACCUCCACCCAAAGUCCAAGCCCUCUGCCACGGCCACCUCCCGCUGUGGCUUCUGUAACCGCCUGGGCGCCACCAACACCUGCACCCAGUGUUCAAAGGUCUCCUGCGACACUUGCCUUGGCGCCUACCAUUACGACCCCUGCUGCAAAAAGAGUGAGCUGCACAAGUUCAUGCCCAACCAUCAGCUGAACUACAAGUCUACCCAGUUCUCCCAUUUCGUGUACAGAUAGACUCGACCUUGCACCUUCCUGCUACAAGGGCUACACCACUGAGGUUUCUGGUUUCACGGUGAAGAGUAUUAAAGCAUUGAUCUUGGAAGCAGGGGCCUGCACUUGACCAUGUAGGUGCCGGGGGUUCGUGGGGCCGGCUGCACCACGUGGGAGUUCACUUAGCUACUGUUGACUAAGAUGUUUCAACUGAUGGCUGCUUUGUCGUUUGACAAGGGAGAGGGUGGCACUUCCGUUCACAUUCAUUUUUGCUAAUCUCUCCACUCCUUAUUCAGUUGUAUUUUUUUUUAAGAGAAUUUCUAUCUCUGGGACUGUCUUCGCCCCUCCUGCUUUCACCACGAAGCCAACUUGGACUGGGAAGGGCCCUUCAGGUCGCUUCCAAAUGCCCACCGGGAGUGGUGAGCUAGAGGCCUGUUGGCUUGUGAAAUGAGCCCUCCUGCCACACUGGGGCCUCCUCCAAUGGCUCAUCCCUUCUCUGCCCGUCCCCAAGACAAGCAUCCCCACCUGGACUCCCCGCUCCCUGCCUCCCCAGGCUUUAAAGGCUGCACCGAGUCCAGUAUUAGCUAAAUGUCAUCCUGUUGCCAAGCACAGCUCACGUUCACCCCUGGUGUUUGUGACCUUCCCACCAAAGCAUUGCCAUGUGGACCUUCCACAGCAGGACGGGCUCCUUUUUCCUUUCUGUUGUUUGCACAUGUACUGUAAAUAGAUAUUUUUGAGAUUUAUUUUUAAAUAAAUAUUCAACUUGCCCUGUGUUUCAAAGUGGUUAAGGAAAUUAAUUAUGUAGCUAUUUAUAAAGAGGCCCUGGGUUAUUUUGUCUUCCGAGGGAGGGUCUCAAAUCCUUUUGUAGUAUAGCCUCCACUCACCACAGCCCAAGGGCCGAGUGAAGGGUUUAGGGGCAGAGGAGGACCUGAGGCAAUGUCCCUUUUUCUUGAGUGGUAGAGGCCACUCUGUCUUCCCUAGAGUUUACUCUACACCUACCUCCAGCGUGCAUGUGGGGUGCGUGCGGGCAUAGAGGUGAGGUUGGCUGCCUGCAGACUGCUGACUAGUGACGAGUCAGGGGCCUCACCGUCCAGAUCUACAGCCCUGGUCACUGGCACUCACUGAGCGUGAACCUUGCGCUCCAGACUUCUUGAGUCUUGUUUCAGAAGGAAAGUCAUUUGGGAUUCCCUCCACCCCUCCAUCUCAGUCCUCCUCUCCUCACUUGUUUCCGGGACUCAUCUGCAACAAUAUUUGUGAUCUUUUUGCACUAGAAGGGGGCAGAAGUGAGCGUGCGCCCGUUAGACAAACACUCGGCUGAGCCGAAGUGCUUCCAAACCAGACAGCUCCCCAGCUCUUCAUGUGAAUUACUCCUGGGUUUUCCUUUUUGGGGUGCAGGGCAGGAGUGGGGCAAGAGUUUGAAAAGAGAACAGCUUCCUUGUGAACUAAGAAAAUAAUAUAUUUUAGCCAUAGUGUUUGCCAUGUACGGAAUGUCACGGGCACUUAACAUGCAGAGGGUUUUCCGGUAGAUUGAGGUAUUCAGCUCUUGAGCAGAUUUCAAUCUGGUCAAAUCCCGAGGCCACUGUUAACUUGCUGAUGUUCUCCCAAAUCAAGUGAGUGAUUUUAAGGUUUUUCAAAUCUUACAUAGCAUUUUUUAAUAUAUCUGGUAGAGCACAUGUAGAUACACAAUGUGUAUAUAAAGGUGAAUUUCAACCAACUUCAUCACGAAGACCAGCCCAUCCCAGGGCCUUCAUCCUCGAUGUUCUGCCUUUUCACAUCUCAGAAGUGUCGAGGCCCGUCCCGCUCCUGGGAGCUCUCGUUUUCUAGUUUUCCAUUUCCGGUUUGUUCCUGCGGCACCACAGUUAUUCUCCCGAUCAACCGUGACGCCACGUAACUGACCCAGUGAACAAACGCAGGAAUAAGAACUUGAGCUGGGAGAAAAAGUCCGCUGUACAUACCGUCGGGGAAAUACUGUGUUCAUGGACCGGAAUAGGAAAUGCUAUGACCCCGUUCCUUCUUGGUGUGUGUCUUGUUGUAUGAGGUUGCUGUGAUUGAGAUAGUUAAAUAUGUGCUCAUUUUAAAAUGCAGCUGUUUUGCAUUUGAUUUCUACCAACAGCUGAAAUGUUGAGAGAUGAUUACGAAAUAACAAUAAAGUGUCUUCCAUUGUUAAAUGCGGUGUUUGGGGUCUUAUGUCUUCCUCGCUGCUUCUCUGAAGUUUGGAUUGCUCGGGCCUUUUGGUUAUUUUCGCUCAAGCCUCAUUUAGUUCUUUAAUCACGGACUCCAAUUUUCUACUCCGUGAAACUGACAUAGCCAGCGUUUGGAGGCUGAUACUGUGUCAGACACUGUACAUGCAGAGAUUUUAUAUAUGCCUGUCUUAUGUACCGAUUCAGUCAUCCUAUAAAGCAGGUAAGUAGCCCUGAUGGCUGCUCGGCUGCUAACCAGAAGGUUGGUGCUGUAAGCCCACGCAGCAGCUCCAAGGGAGGAAGACCUGGCAAUCUGCUCCUGUGCAGACCGCAGCCAAGAAAACCCUGUGAGGCAGUUCUGCUCUGCCACAUUGGGUCACCAUAAGUCGGAAUUGACUUGACGGCACCGAACAAGAAUGUAAGGCAAGUGCUGUUAAAAUCCCCAUUUUGCAGCUGGGGAAGCAGGCACACAGUCCCGGUAUGUUUCUGGGGAAUGGGGCUCUCUACUCCAGGAGAGGGGCUUGGUGGGGGUGAAUGACAGGCAUUAAAUCAUGCCGAAAGACACUAUGGAAAGAUUAAUUCCAUCUUUAGUUCUUUGGAUCCAUCUCAAGGCCUCACCGAGGAAGCCUCAGUUUAAUUCUAACGAAGAGAAAGCGGGUGUCAGGCUCCCAGCCUUUGGCAUAGAAUCUUAGCUAGGUUUUCAGUUACUUUCUAUUUAGGGCAAGCUGUGCUGCUUCUCCAUUUACAGCAGUGAGAGGAGAUUGCUUUUUGAAAUCAAUUUAAGGUGAUUUUUAAAAAUGAGAGUUGACUGAAAGCAAAACAUAGCAGAAAUGUCAGUGUUGGCAGAAGAGCAGCCGAGGUUUGGCAGUCGGGUCAUGCUGCUGACCACUGUUCUGUUGGCCCCCGAGGGGCAUGGCUGCUGGGGAAGAAACUGACAAGGUUUCUCCAUUUCAUGCACUGGCUGGAUGCAUGUCCAGGCUUUGGGCCAGACCAAGGCCAGGUGCUGGGUCCGGUUUCCGCUGUGGCAUAGGAAAUGGCGUUGCUGCCAUCCCUGGGGUGUCUCUUUCCCAGGACAGCUGCUUCCUAGAGGUUAGGACCAGCUCCCCAGAGCUGAGACCUCUGAGCAGUUUGCUUCAUUUGCAUAUGUAAAUGACACGCAUAUGUAAACAUCAUCCAGCACAUCAGCUGUACCACACCCACCAGCUGUACCACGUUAGUUCUGCUGCCAGCUCUGAGCCCCGGUCUGUGCACCCCACACGCCUGUGCCUUGUGGGAGGAAGGAGGUGAGAGCUGUGGCAGACACUGCUAUUUGCACCCCGAUCUCAGCUCUUCUUCCUUGAUAAAUACAAUUCCUGAGUUUUGGUCAGAUACAUGGCCAUUGUUAUGGACUGAAUUAUGUCCCCAAAAAUAUGUGUUGUAAAUUCUAGCCUCUAUGCCUGUGGUUAUAAUCUCACUUGGGAAUGGGUUGCCUUCGUUAUGUCAAUGAGGCAAGAUUAGUGUAGAGUGUACUUUAAGUCCCAUCUCUUUUGAGAUAUAAAAGAGAUUUAAAAAGUAAGCAGAGCAGAGAUGGGGUAAGGGAGAUGCCAAGCCACAUGAAGUUUGCCCAGGAGCAGAAGCUCAAAAGAGACAAGGACCUUCCUCCAAAGCCGGCAGAGGGAGGAAGCUUUCCCCUAGAGCCCGUGCUCAGAAUUUGGACUUCUGGCUUCCUGAACUGUGAGGAAGUAAGUUUGUUUGUUAGAGCCAUCCACUUGUGGUAUUUCUGUUAUAGCAGCGCUAGAUAACUAAGACAGAAUUUGGUGUUGGAAGAGGGUGGUGCUGCUCUAACAGACAGCUAAAAUGUGGGAGUGGUUUUGGAAGUGGGUAAUGGGUAGAGGCUGGAAGAGUUUUAAGGUUCCUCUUCUCCUGAAGAGACUGUUGGUAGAAUUACGGAUGUCAAAGGAAAUUCUUAUGAGGGCUCAGAAGGAAGUGAGAGGACACCUAAAGAGAGUCUCUGUCAUCUUGGAGACUACAUACGAGGCACCAGGAACAGAGUGUUGAUAGACAUGUGGGUGUUAAAUGUGCUUCUGGGAAGGCUUUAAAAGAAAAUGAUGGACAUGGGAUUAGACAGUGGCAGAAGGGCGAUGCUUUUUAUGCAGCGGCAAAGCACAUGUCUGAAUUAUGUUCAAAUGUUUGGCGGAAGGUAGAACUUUUAAGUGAUGAACUUGGAUAUCUGGCUGAUGAGAUUUCUAAGCAAGAUCUUAAAGGGGCUGUGUGGUUUUUCCUUGCUGCUUACGGUAAAAUGUGAAAGAGAUGGACUUAAAAAUGAACUGUGCAAAAUGAAAACAGAGCUUAAAAGAUUUGGAAAAUUCUGUACAAACUAAGGAUAUGUGUUCUAGAAUGUUCACUAAGGAUGUGACUACACAGUCUUUUGUUAGAGAGCUUAAGCCUGUGACUGAUGGAUUUAACCAGCUACCACAGCAGAAAACUCAUCAGGUUAGACUAAAGGGGACAGAGAAAGAAUGAAAGGAAAGAAUUUGGAACUGGCAGAGUGGGGUGCCGCUCUUCUAAUCUUUUUUAAUAUCAAAAGAGAUUGACUUAAAAUACACCCUGCACUGCCUCUUGGAAUUCUACAGUCAGGAAACAGGGCAAAAGAGCUACAUUUGUUGUCCUCCAAGAAAAGAAAAGGACCAUCUCUGGAGCAACUCGGGGAUCAGCAGAACUGUUGGAAGGAGCACAAGAAGCUGGGGCGUCUUGGUUUCAAAGGGCGGGGCCACAGUCUCCUGGAUCUGAAAGGGUGGGGCUAUAACCUCCUAGGUUUCAAAGAGUCAGAUCUUUGCCACCUAGGUUCCAGGAGUGUGGGGCUGUGGUUAAGGUGUGCCUGGGGGCUGGGGCCGCUACCCAAAGCUGAGAAGGUGGGGCUGACAUGCCCAAAGGGCAGAAUAAAGGGGCCUGCCGGGGCUGAUGGGGUACAGUUGCUACUCAGAUGGACUAUGAGAAUGGGGCUGCCUAAAGCUGCGGGAUGAGAGUUGCCAUCCCAGAGGGCCUGGAAGGUGGAGCUAAAGCCCAGGGCCGAGGGCCCUCCACCCAGAAUCCAGAGGGCAUGGCCAACACUCAGAAUCUGGAGGGCAGGGCCAUUGCCCAGAUGGUCUCAAGAGAAGAGAGGAUUAUUUUCAAACCUUGAAAGCUAAUGUAAUUUGCUCCGCUGGGUUUUGGCCUUCUUGUGCCUGUUAUCCCUUCUUUCUCUCCGAUUUUGCCCAUUUUGUAACAGAAAUGUCUACCUUGUGUCUGUCCUACCACUGUACUUUGGAAGCAGAUAACUCGUAUUCUAGAUUCCACAGGCUCACAGGUGAAGAGGAAUUGUGCCCCAGGACGGUAUAUACCUCAUGUUUCAACCACAGUGGAUUUAGAUGAUUCAGAAGAUGAGAUUUUGGACUUGGAGUUGAUUUAAGACUUUUGGGGUGAUGUGAUGGGGUGAAUGUGUUUUGCAUGUGGCCAGGACAUAAAUUUUGGGGAAGGGGGCAAAGGGUAGAAUGUUACGGAUUGAAUUAUGUCUCCCCAGAAUGUGUUGUAAAUCCUAACUUCUAUGCCUGUGGUUAUAUAUAAUCCCGUCUGGGAAUGGGUUGCCUUUGUUAUGUUAAUGAGGCAGGAUUAGUGUAGAGUAUAUUUUGAGUCAAUCUCUUUUGAGAUAUAAAAGAGAUUAAACCAGCCAGCAGAGCAGAGAUGAGGGAAAAAGAGAUGUCAAGCCACAUGAAGGUUGCCCAGAAGCAGAAGCUGAAGAGACAAGGACCUUCCUCCAGAACCGCCAGAGAAAAGCCUUCCCCUAGAGCUGGCACUCUGAAUUCAGACUUCUAGCCUCCUAAACUCUUUUAACAAAUAAAUUUGUUUGUUAAAUAAAGCCUUCCAUUUGAAGUACUUCUGUCAUAGCAGCACUAGAUAACUUAAGACACCAUGCAGAAUAAAGACUGCACAUCCCAGCCUCUCCUGCUGUCGGGUAUGGCCAUAUGACCAAGUGUGAUCCCUGGGAUGGAAAAGUGUUUUGUAUGACUUCUACGAAGGGCAAGCUCUCUUCAUCCCACCACUCUUUCUUCCUGGCUGGGGCUGAGGAUGGGGCAGCCAUCCGAAACCCUGAAGGGAAGAAACUCUGAUGGGGAGCCAAGUGAAGAGGAUGUGGGAGAACAAGCUGGAAGGAACCUGGGUCUCUGGUGCUUAGGAAUCAGGGCUUCAAAUGGUUCUUCCCAAUGAAGUCAUGGCAGAGGAAGCAAAACCAGAACAGACCCUCGUUUUAAAAAUUUGAAACAGAACAAUAACUGGAAUGGGAAAAAUAACAGGUCGAAGCCCUGGUAGAAACCUAAUUCUCCCUCUUAGAAAACAAAGGCAGCCUAAGUGUUGUAUAACAACCACAUCUUUUGGCUGUGGAAUUUUGAGCAGAAUUAGAAACAGCGGUGCCCUACUCAAAAACGGCAGCUGAUCACUCCGCUUUGAAUGUGUGUCGCUCCACAGUCCUGCAAGUAACCCAGUCUCACACAUCAGGCUCCUGAAUGGGCUCACUGUGCCUCUUCUGAGUCUCCCAUUCCAGAGCUUUGACCCAUCAUUUCUUCCAUUACAGUUAUGGUUCCAGGUCACCCAGGUUGUAAAAAUUCGGGUCUGUUCAAGUUUUGCUUUGUCGAUCAUGACUGAACUGGUUUGAAUCAGUUCAAAGCCCUGUUAGGAAAGUUCUCUACAAAAAAAAACAUAUAGAAACAACAAGAUUUUUUAAACUACCUAUAGUCAAAGAGAACCAAAGUUAGAGAAUCAAGUUCUUUGACGUCUGUCCUUCUAGAUUUUCUUCCGAUGUAUUUAUCCACAAUUUAAUCUUUAAAGGCUAAUGCUGUAUAUGUUGUUUUAAAAUCUGCUUUUCUAACUUCAUGUAGUUUUACCAGUUAGUAGUAUUUUUGCCACAACAGAAAACCCAACCAGAAGUGGUGUAAACAAUAAGGAUAUGUAUUGCCUCACAUAAUGAGAUCCCGGGAAGGGCAAUUCUGGCAUUUGUUAAUUUACUGGUGCAACAGUGUCGUUAAGGACCCAUGGGAUGAAUGAAGUCCUGGUGAUCUUCCGAAAAGUCAGCCAUUGAAAACCCUAUGGAGCACAGGUCUACUCUGACACACCGGGUUGCCAUGAGUCAGAAUUGACUUGAUGGCAACUGAUUUUUAUUAAUUUGUUCAUUUGCCAUGUUUUAACAUUAAAAAACAAAAAGAUAGGCCAGUGGAGAAGAUAGCACUGAGCUGCAUCAAAUUCUAACCACAUCAGAUUUGGUGAGUCCAAUGCCUCACACAUAAUAAAAGCUUUUGACUUGGGGGAAAAAAAAUGAACCCCUGGGCUUUCUGUCUUUCCACUGCGCAUGUUGUGAAGUCUUCCCUCGUGGUGUCAAAAUGGCUGCAGCAAGUCCAGGCACUCCAUCCUCACAUAACGGGAGGCAAAAGCCAGGAAAUGGGAAGAGGGUACUUUCCGUCCUUGAGUGUCUAAUGAGUGAGGAAACAUUUCUUUGUUAUACCGGAACUGGGUCAUAGAGCCAUUCCUCGGCCAGUCACAAGCAAGGGGAGUGGAAGGACCAGGAAUAGCCUGGACUGGAAAUGGGCCCAGUUACCCUUUGAAGCAUAUGGUGACCUGUUACACAAACAAAAUGGGUUCUCUUAGCAAAGACGAUGGGGCACAGAGAAGAAAUGGUGGCUGAGGGGGCAAGCAACAGGUUUGCCACAUCAGGGAUCAGUGGGUGUGUGAGAAGUAGAAUGUGUAUGCUAAAAAGCCAUGUACUAAAAUUCCUAGAUUCCUUUUUUGUCAUUCUGAUACCUCAGCCUAUAAGGAGGAGGUGAAAUUCUUGUCUUUCUAAAGGUGACGAGAUGCUGGCCCAAUACAUCAGGAACAUCUUUUUUUCCACGUUCUUUAAUAACUGGCAAAUAUUCUAUCAUUUAUCUCACCAAUCCCCUAUCAAUGGACAGAGACUGUUUGCCAGGACGACCGUUUUCGGAGUCAAAUUUUUGUGCACAUUCAUUAUGUCCUUAGUAAAUUCCUGUGAGUGGAAUUGCUGGGUCAAAACAGAUGGCCGCUUCAAGGGUUUUGAUAGGUUUUCACCAUGCUGGCCCUCCCACCAGCAGCUCACCUUUUCCACAAAAUCAACCAACUACGUCUUUGUGGUCUUCGGUAAGCAGACCUGGUGCUGGUGUCUUCCCCAUCUGCAUCAGGAUUUCAGCUGUUGUGUGUGUACAGAGGGUUCCUGGUCCCUUCUGUCCUGAGGACCAGGCUGGCCCUGACCUGACUGAUGCUAAAGCCCCAGGUCUCCUGGGUGGCCUCCUGGGGUGCGGGGGGGGCGGGGUAUGGCUGAUGCCUGCCUGCUUUCCUGCAGGUCCGUAAAUAUUGAUGAAGACGAUCUCCACUUAGGGGCAACUUACACUCUGCCAGGGCAUUGGCCUUCUGACUCCCUGUGCCCUUCAGGGGUUGAUACUAAGAUUGUCUUUGAUCUACAAAAAAGAAUGAGGCUCAGAAAGGUGAGGUAACUUGCUCAAGGGCACACAGGGAGCAAGACCCCUGGCUCACACUCAGCUUUUGCACCUCCCAGGUGCCUGGGUUGUUGUCCUGGCUUUUCAUCCGCCUCACUGACCAGGAGCAGGCCAGAGAGUCAGCAAAUCUCCGAAGGGGUCUAAGGCAAGCCCUGGAGUGGGAUUCUUCCCCCAGUAGCCUCUGCUGAAAGCCCAUCAGGCCCGGGGAACAACUUACCCUACAGGGACAACUUGAUGGGCUUCAGUUUUGCCAUCUUUAAAACUGGGGGUCUGACUAGAAUGCCUCCUGAGAUCCAGGUCUAAGCAAAUUCUACACUGGCCCUACUUCCACAUCCUGCUGGCCUGAGCAUAAACUGGGUAGAUCCCUGCAGAGAGCACAUUGGUCUAGUCAUUCCACUUCUAGGAUUAACCCUCGGAUGUAACUGCACGAGCGUGCAGGGCUCUGUGCCCAAAGAGCUGCAUGCUGCAUCACUCAUAGUGGCAAAAAUCUGGAGACAGGUGUCCACCUGUGAGGGAAUGCUUUGUAGCUGCUGUUUAUGUGGAAUGAUCUUGAAGAUACGUUGUUAAAAACAUAAACUAGAUGUAGUGUAUCAUUUAUGUAAAAACAUGUAUAUACACGAUUUUUGUAUAUACCUGCACUAUCCUGAAGGAUCCCCAAGACAGCAUCUGGCUUCUGGGGAGGGAAGUGGGCUGGGGGAUGGGGUAGGGGUUUACUUUACACGGUGCACCCAUUUUCACAAAGUCGUUUAAAGAAGAGAGCACCCAGCGCCGGCUCUCAGCACCCAGGCACUGUUGGCCUCGGCCAGCCUGGACCCCUUCACACAGGCCGAGCCCCCCAUGUUCCUCCGGGUUCUGAAUGAAGGUCUCUGGGCCAGAGGCAGAGGGCCUCAUUGCUUAUUCUGGAUUCUGGGGAAAGCUGGGAGUCCCAGAGGGCCUGGCUCCAUCAGCCAGACUAAAGUCAAGAGCAGUGGGGUCACUCUCCAGGCCAACUUCAUCUCCCCUUAGCUGCCCUGUGGGCUGUGGGGGCCUCACUUUUGACCCUCCCCCCUCAACUUUCUGGCCUCUAGGGAAAAUACUUCCUCCCGUGUUGCUGCCCACCACCCCAAGAGCUCUUUCUAUGGGUUGUGAAGGGUGGAAAUGUGAAUGAAUGAAAGCACCCAGUUCCCUCUGUGGCUCCUGCCACUCAGAAUCCAUCCCCCACCCCCACUCUACUGAUAGAUCAGGUGACGCUGUGCUCAGCAAAACCUCAUCUCCCAGCCUCCCUUGCAGUCAGGGGGCCUGGGAAGAACUGCUUUGUGUUUGCCAGAGUUCCCUUCAUCUCUCCCUGACCCUGAGGCUGUGUGUCGGUUAUGUCUGUCACCAGCCUGAGGUUUCUAUUACGGUAGGAUCAUCUCUCUCAAUCCGGAUGGCUACCGUAAGUGGAACAGUGACUGCCUUCAGCAUUGUGCUCUUUUAAAGAGCUAUAUGGAAUCAAACUGACAACAGCAACUCAAAGAGGAGAUAGGAACCUUAGGGGGCAGUGAGUUUAUGUUAAUAGAGGAGGAACAACUCAGAGAAGUAGGGUGAGAAUGGCCGCACAACUUGAAGAAUGUAAUCACUGAAUUGUACGUGCACAAAAUUUUGAACUGGUGAAUAUUCUCAACAGCAAAAAAUAAAUUAUUGGGGAAAAAAAAGGGACAAUGGGAGCUGAGAGGCACCUGUGUGUGUCUUCACCCAGCCCUUGCUUCCCUCCUUCCGCUCCCUGCUGACCUGGUUUGGAGCCCUGGUAUGGGCAGGGGUGGAAUUUCUUCUUCCUUCUUUGGCUGUAGAAUGGGGUGGAGAACUAAGUACAGGGCUGGGAGGGACCAAAGAGGCCCAGUUCUCGCCUCCUUGCCAGACAGCCCUGUGCCUGGGGUCAGGACGGGCUCUCCUGCCUGGUUUUUUGUAUCAUGUGCAUUGUUUUGUUUGUGCUGUUACCAUAAUCAGCUUCGGAUGCCUUUGGAAAUAUGUGGGGAUAUAAAUAAACCAAUAGCCAAGCCUUGGCCACAGAUAAUAUGUUAGCAGAGGGCGUGUGGGGAGUGUGGGUCCAGAGGGCCAAGGCCCCCAGGGGCUGACAGAAAUCCCAGGAAAGGACAGCAGCCCAGCCUGAGGACUCACCCUCUGAGAUCAGAGCUAGAAGCUUCAGGAAAAGCAGCAGUGGACUGGGCGGGGCCCACGCUCUGAGCUCUUCUGCUAGACCUCAAGUGCGCCUCACUAAGGGCAGAGGUGGGCUCCACCCCAGGACUGCCUGACCCAAAGCUGGACUCCUAACCACCAUGCCUCACUGGGGACAUGUCUGUGGCUGACCGAGAAGGAGGCUGGGUAGUAUGUGGCACACAGCCAAGCCUGAGGAGUAUGAUCCAAGUGUUAAAGUCCCCUUAACAUGAGACAGAGGCCGGUUCCGAGACAGCAGUAUUCAUUUUUAUUUCUAAAUAAAUAAAUACCCAGUGGCAUUACUGUUCUCCUUCCAUUUUUGAAAUCUUUCACAAGUUCAGAGUGAUAAAGAUUCCACAGCCAGCAUAGCAGUUACAGGUCCCACACCUCUCUGAUGGACCCUCCCCGUCCCCAACACAAAGCCCAAGUCCAGAAGAGAAGCAAAGAAUUCCGCAGAAAUCAGGUGUUUCACUGACGCCCAUCACAGUUUCCUUGGGGGAGGGCAAAAGAAUCGGCCUGACCUUUUCACCAGUCCAUAAAACAAAAGACAAGACAGUACUUAAAAAAAUCCUUCCCUUUUACAAAGAAAAUCACUAAAAGGAAGAGGUUCUGAUUAGCUUUGAGGACAAAUCAAGCUUUGCAGGAGCUUUAUCUGGAGAAAACACUAAAGUCCUUUGGUGUAGGCCCGAACAUGCCGGCUGUCUGAGUAAGGAGGUGCCUGAGAGAGACGCCAGUGGAGGACCCCAGGCUCUCCUAUAGCACAGAUGGGCCUGGUGAGCAUGGGCCAGGAGGGCCGACAGCUGGCUUUCUCCUGUGACCACCCAUCUGCAUAUUCACUGUCCAGCGGCUACCUGGGAUGCAGCCUGGAGACCUGCACCACCCACCAGCUCUGUCCCCUGCAAUGGGGCAAGCUCACACAGCAGGCAGGGAGAUGACCAAUGUAUUCUUACCCUCUCUGGGAUGGGGUUAAGGGUGGGAAUGGGUGAGAAGGUGGUGUGGGCAGUGGGGUGGUGGUGGGGGACAGGGAAGGCUGCCUUCUUUUGUCACAUGGUACCGUGACAAUGGAAGUCCCUAAUACCUCACUCCUGUGUGAGGAAGGGUAGGAACUUGUGGAGGGGAGUGUGGCAAUUUCUCUUUAAGCCUUUGCUUCGGACUCUGGUGUGUGUUCAUUUAAAACACUGCCUGGGGCUUUGGAGACUGGGUUCCUGGUAGAACUUUUUAAUGAUUCUGGUUGCUGCAUCAGACCUGUUUCAGAUUUGGUUCCCCCUCCCCAACCAGCAGGAGACAUGCCCAGGGAGUUGGGGGGGAGGUGCUUUUCCUUUCUUUCUUGCACUUUAAGUCCUAAUAAACAGCAGAGGACACAGAGACUUCUCUUUGCACUGGAGUUGGGACCAGUUGAAAGAAGAGGCCCACCUUGGGUGACCCUGGCCCACACCCUCCCCACUUUCAAAACAGCAGUGGGGUGCUUAGCCACCACGCUGAGAGCUUUACCAAGUGCAAAGCCCCUGUGAGAGCGUGGACCUGGGACCUAGCGAGGCCGAACCUUGCUGACAGCACCUCUGAUGUAGUUUAAGGCGAGAAGGACCCCUGCUCUCCAAUCUUUCUGCAUUCCCUCACGUACAAAGGAGCCUACCACUGGCCAGUGAAUUGGCGGAUUCGGUGCACUUGGGGGCUGACAACAUUCUGGGCCAGCCGGGGCCCAGGCAGCAUUCCUGGCUGUACAAAGAGGUGGCUAGUUUCUGGGGAGAAGGAGGGUUUAGUUCUGCCCCUGGGUUGAGUGUCUGAGCACCAGACAAUGGGACUGAGCCACCCCAGCCUGGCCUUGGCUCUUGGUUGGCCACUGCAAACUCAACCUCUGGGGACCUGGGGGUUGUUGUUCUUUCCCUGUAAGGCCUCACAUGCUCAGGGUGGUUGAUCCAAGGGGUCCUACAACCACAGGGCUACAGAAAGCAUGCCAUUUAUUUCCAGAAGUGGUCCUAAAUUGCAGGGCCUGCUGUGAAGGGGUAGGGGUGGGGGGUGGGGAAAGGCUGCAGCUGCAGGGAUCCCCAAGACGGGCAUGUCUUCUUGGUUCACUGGCUAAGGGGCCAGCAUUUCCAAAGGCCACUCACAGCCUUCAGCUCACUCUAAAGGGCUACCCUUCUACGUGCUACAACGCUCCUCUCCCAUGGCCUAGGCCCGAGAGGAAAGAAACAUGCAGGAAGUUAUGGCUAAAAUGGGGAUUUUUCUAUCUUCGAGGCAUUAACUGCCCCCAAAUAAGAGAAUUAUUAGGUGUGCUAAAGGUAAACAGCAGCAAUUUUUGAUUCACAGAUUAUCUGAAAAAAAUCCGCCAGAAAAACAGAUCUCCCAGGCCUUUUUCUUGCUGUACAUUCUAAGAAAACCUUUUGCUUGCUACAAAGGCAAACAGACUGCUGAGGAGAAUACAGGUCACCCAGAUCUGCACAGGCACACUCUUCUGGGUUGAACCCUCCCUCAGCCAGGAGGGGGCAGAAGAGGCUCACGGGAGAUGGAGGCAGGCACUCACUGGUGCCUUCCAGAAAGGGGCUGCCACAGCACACCUUGGGGAUCUCCUACCAAGCCCACUGCGUGCUACCCUGCUGGUGUAGUGUCAUCUACAGGUGCCAGCUAAAAGGAGAAGGCCGGGUGGGGCAUGGCGGGGCAUCAGUAUUUGGUUACAAGGGGCCAGUCUGAACUGAAGAUCCUGACUGUUCACUGUUUAGUCUAUGAACUCACAGCCAAAAAAUGAAAAAAAAAAAUCCUGGCUGGCAAGCAAGCCAGCUUGCAAAGCAACUUAAACCUCUGAGAUCAGACCCUGAAUUUUAAGGGAGAAAGUAACUUGCUCCCAGAGCUGGGCUGUGGGAGAACAAUCAGUGAGCACAGGUCUCCUGGCCUCAGAGCCCUCCCCACCCCUGCCGCCCCCAAGUCAGCCUGGCUCCCCUCAGUUGUGGGCAAAGGUCCUUUCCCACACCUUCAGCUCCUGUCUUACUUCUUCACUGAAAGGACGCUAUGGAGACUGAGUACACAAGGCAGUGCCCCUUCAGUGGGAUACUAGGUGGGUAAAAUGUUCUGGUUCAAAAUUAUGGGGUUAAUUUAAGUUGGGAGAUUCCUAAAAGAGAAAUGAUUGUAUUUUAGCUCUAUUUAGUACAAGCUUACUUUUCAUGCACAAAAAGGAAACCUCGCGCUGCUUGCCUGACUGGCCUUGCACUUGCACUUCUGGGAAGGGAAGGUGUCAUGGUUGGGGUGCAGCCUCACAAACAGCAUGUGAGGCCUGCAGGGCCCUGUGGUCAAGCCCUCCUUAACGCCCUAAGCCACACUGCCUGAGGCAGAAGAGAUGGAGACGCACCUGCUACCAGCCUAGGGCCCACCCUAUCCCCACAGAGAGCUAAGGACAAGUACAUGAGGAAUAAACCACCUGGAGGGCUGAGCUGGGUGAGCCCCUAGGCACCAAGUGUGACCCAGAGCCACAUGUGCACCUUGUCAACCACCUGCAGAGAGGCGGAGCCAAGUAGCUGUGAGGCCUGUUGAUCGCAGGUGAGGGGAGAAUGCGACAUUCAGUGGCUCCAUUCCAUCUGGACAUAACUGGCAGCUCUUCACCCUAAGCUGGCCCCAGAGGCAGAGCCAAGGAGUGUGUGAGCAUGAGAGAGAGAGAGAGCAUGGGAACACUCUGACUGAGGCCUGGGGUGGUGGCAGCCACUUGGGGGUCCCAGGUGAGGCUCUGGCUGCAGCUGACUCCAGGCCACUGGGGUCCCAGUGGGUGGGGGAGGGGAGAAGAACCAGGCACUGGCCCCAGCCCCAGAGCUUUGUUGAGCUGGUAGGUAACUGGGAGAGGAAGAAACCCCGGCUUAGCAGAGAAGGUGGCAGCAGGUAAAUGGUGCACAGACACCUUCAGCCCAGGAAAAGGCAAUUCCAGUUGGACAAACCAAGAACAAUUCAGUAGGGGGCAGUUGUUGUGGGGGAGGGGGUCAGAUGGCGGCAAGCGACUGCCGGACUCUCACUACUUUGUAAAAGCAGACUCUGAACUGAAUUAAAAGCAGCAGCUGCUUGCCUGCACGAACCCUGUACUGCUAGCUUUUCCCUCUAGAGGGCGCUCUGACCCCAUAGACUAGGCUUGCUCCUCAAACCAGGGCUGUAGCUUCCAGUGGGUUCUAGAGGAGGCCGUGGCCUGCACCGGGCUCCUGUAAACAUUCAGUGUCCCCAGAGGAUUGCAGCUGCCUUCCCCAGCAAGAGCCUGCCAGGUGCUCGUCAAUAAGAAACAAAAAAGGUCACUCGGUUUCCGUUUUUGGGGAGUGUGAACCAUCACAAACCACCAGAGGGGAGUAGGAGAUUGUCGAGGUUUCUAGGCCCUCCCACGGAGGCUGCACUUGCUGCUGAUGCUGCUGCUGCUGCCGCCGCCGCCGCCGCCACUGCCGCCACCACCAAGGCCCUAGACGCCCUGAUGAUUCUGAUGGGAACAGCACCUGGCUUCUCCCCGGCUGGUGUAGGUGCCCAUUCCAGCAGGAAGGUGCCCACUGCCUUGGCAGCCUGCUCCUGGGGCUGCAAUGGGUGCAGGGGGUUGGCACACCCAGCCCCACAGCCUGGUGCUUGUCGGGCGUCACGCAGGACUCCUCUCAGGCACAGGCACCCUGUCCUGCCAGUGACUGCUCGCCCCGGCUGUAGAAGGAAGCAUUUUACCCGGGAUGGGGGUCACCCCAAUCUGUGGGCCGAAAAGCAACACUGAGAGCAGAGUCCAAUUCAGUGAGGAGCGAGGAUGCUCGCUUCAGAAGAAGCCCCUGGCUCCACAGGCCUGGGCUGUUCCGCGUUAGGGCAACUCUGGGCAUUACUUCACCAGCUCUCUUACCCUCUGGAGACGCUGCCUCCGGUGGCCCUUGCUGGGUGUCUGUGGGCAGCAAAUGCCCCUCCUGGGAGCGGGAGGGUGGCGGAGGGCAGCCUGUGGCCCUGCCUGCCCAAAGCCCUGGCAGCCUGUGGGUCAGAGGAGCUCCUGCUCGUCAUCCUCGGAGCCUGAGGGGCCCUGGCGCACCUCCUCGUACCACUUGUUGGUGAGGGUUUUCAUCUGGAUCCGUCCGUGGUGGAGGUCCUGGGGCAAGAGACACAAUUAAGUCCGCGCCAGUCCUUGGGUCAGUGCCAAGGAAGGGAGGGAGGCUCUGGUACUGUGUGUGUGUGUGUCAGGGGGGCAGGGUGAAUGGCCACAGGCACUUUUCAAGUGCUGUCCAACUAAUGCCAGCUGAGAUCUUUCUUUGUGGAGGUGGAAGUAACAGGAGGCAUCAUUCAGAAAUCAAAGAGUAGGCAGCAGGUGUGGUGUCAGAAAUGUGUCUGGAAAUACACUUGGGUCAGGGACCCAGCUUGACUGUAUGACCUUGGGUGGGCUCCUUCAUCUCUCUGGGCCUCAGUCUCCCUAGCUGUCUAGUGAGCUCAUAGCUGCAUCUACUGCAUGAGCCGUUAGGAGAAUGAAAUGAAGCAGCCAGGGAAAAUCCCAGCACAGUGCCUGGCUGGUAGUAGAGCGACCUGCUGAGAGCUGUCCUGACCACUGACAGAUGAGACAAGGCCAGCCAGACAAGCCCCCAUCCCCAUAGCCGGGCUACCCCCUGCAUGGGGCAGGCUAAGGGCUUGAGCAAAGCAGGCCCAAACUCAUCCCUGUCCCUGAGACAGGCCAUCACUCACUACCACCCAGAGGCUAGCAGUGCCCAGGGGGACAGAAAACGAGUCCCGAGUCUGGGCCAUCAUGGGCCCCGGCACGGCUGAAAGGCCCAGAUGUAAUCCCUCAGCUCAGAUUUAGCACUGAUCAAUGGCCCGAGUCCAUAAUCCAGAAAACCAAACUGUGUUAACAAGUCUAUUAUUACCCGGCACUAAGUGCAGCAGCACAGAAAACCAGCAGAUGCUGAAUUCCAGCCAACCCAGCCCUGCUGGCCCGGGAGGGGAGAGCCAGGUGGGAGGAGGGGCCGGCCGGCCGGCCAGCCGCCCCCCCAGCACAGCAGGCACAGCACGAGAGCCUUCCCACCCUGCUUGGCCCCUGUAGGUCUCAGCGGGGAAGGCGAGGAGACCCUAGCGUGUGGGCUGCAGGCCCAUGGGCCUUCGGGACCCACCUCCUGGGUCAACCUCCGUGUGAAGAAGGGGUUCAGGUACUUGGCGUCCAACCACAUGAAGCCUUUGAGGUCCUGCCGCCUGAUGUAGUGGGCCUCGUACUCCUCCUCAGUCAGCUCCGACAGGUGCUCCGACUCGAUGGUGUUGCCCUGGAGGACGGAAGGUAGCCAGGCACGCUUCAGGCUGGCAUCUCCGGGAGGCCCCGCUCACCCACCCCUGGCCACCAGGGCCGACUGGGCCAGGGACCCCAGCCCUAGCUGUACUUUAGAAUCCCAGAGUCUGCGGGCAGCAAACGCCCCUCCCAGGAGCUGUAGGGAGGUAGGCAGGAUGUGACAACUGCAGCGGACGGCCAGGACCCCUCCCAAGGCGGGGAAGUCAGAGUCCUGGGAAGGGCCUGGGGUUGGUUUUUUUUUUUUAAAUAAUUUUUAUUGUGCUUUGAGUCAAAGUUUACAAAUCAAGUCAGUCUCUCAUAAAAACUUAUAUACACCUUGCUAAAAAAACACCUUGCUACAUACUCCCAAUUACUCUCCCCCUAAUGAGACAGCCUGCUCCCUCCCUCUACUCUCUCUUUUCGUGUCCAUUGUGCCGGCUUCUAAACCCCUCUACCCUCUCAGCUACCCUCCAGGCAGGAGAUGCCAACAUAGUCUCAAGUGUCCACCUGAUCCAAGAAGCUCACUCCUCACCAGCAUCCCUCUCCAACCCAUCAUCCAGUCCAAUCCAUGUCUGAAGAGUUGGCUUUGGAACGGUUCCUGUCCUGGGCCAGCAGAAGGUCUGGGGGCCAUGACUACCGAGGCUUGGGGUUGGUCUUUUAAGCUCCUCAGGUUGUUCUAACAUGCAGCCAGGACUGAGAAUGGCUGUUGUAGGCUAUCUCGUUACUGGCACAUUAACCAUGGAGGCUCUUUUGACCUCUUUUGCUUGUGGCUCAGCUAGCAAGGGUUCUCUGCUGUGGGCAGGUGUUUGCUGAUCAAGUCCACGCACACAAGCAGAGGGACGAGUGAAUGACUGGAAAGGGAAGUCUGGAGGUGAUGAUGAGGUCCAGGGUCAGUGCAGGCCCACCUUGGUCCUGCUCCAGACCAGAGCAGUGCCCACCAGGAGGGGCGCCCCACCCUCUCCAGGGCCCACCCAAGGCAGGCAGGAGAUGUGAAGGCAGUGUCUGCUGCUCUGGGUGGGAAGGAACCGCUCUGAACCAGAAUGAGCAUGCUGGGCAGUUGGCACAGUCCACUGGUCUCUCCUCUGGGGCCUCCACUAGCAGUGCAGGAGCAGCCGUGGGAGAGCAGAGUGGGAGGGCAGGGUGCUUUCACGCGUGGUCUUCCAGCUCCGCCUGCAUCGGAAUCACCAGGAGGCCUUGUGGAUACAGACUGCCAGGCCCACCUGCAGAGGUCUGGGCAGGGCCUGAGGAAUUGCAUUUCUAACAAAUUUCCAGGCGAUGCUGCUGGUUCACUUGGGGAGCUACUGAUGCAGUGCAGUGGUGCACAGUUCUGGAGUCUGAAUCCAGCUCUACCAGUGGGCAGCUGUGUGACCUCGGGCCCUUGAUUUGGCCUCUCUGGGCCUCAGUGCUCUGGUCUAUAAAAUGGGACAAUGAGAACAUCUGCUUCCUGCAGGUUAUCAGGAUGACCUGAGACAGCCCAAGGGAAGGGGAAGCGGUGCCUGCAGCACAGAGGGCAGCCGACAGCAGCCACUUCGAUUCUCAGGAGACAGCCUGGUCCGACGGGAGCCCUGCUCCGCCAAGUGUGCGUGCAGGACCUGAACUGGCAGUGGCAGCGGGUGGCAACUUGUUAGAAAUGCAAGUCCUUUAGGAGCCACCCCAGACCUGCAGGGCACUCUGGCGGUGGCUCAGCAGCCUGUUCACGAGCCCUCCAGUGAUUCUGACCUACGCGAAAAGGCCUGAGAGCUGCUAUGCUAGAGCUUUUGUUCAACAGGAAAGUUGGGAGGUGGAGUGGGGAGCAAGGGUCCCUGAGAGUGAGAACGUUUUGCCUGGACAGGCCUGGAGGGGGCCCGGCGGUCUCCUUUCAGCACCGCCUACUGCUGGCAGGCCCAGGGUGGAGAGUGGAGCCCAAGGCCGGUGCAGAGCUUGGUUCUCCAGUGUCAGAAGUGGCCCAUGUCCCCUCUCCCGGCUGAGGAGUUCUGUGCCUUCAAUUACACAUUAAAGCUACUAGUGGUCUCCAGUGAAAAAUGAUGCACUUCUGGGAAUGUACGGGAGUGUGUGUGGGUGUGGGUGCGUGUGCAUGCAGGAAGGUGGGUGAGAGCCUGGCUCAGCAUGUGGUGGCCUGAGGGUGAAGACAGGGGGAGGAGGCCCCAUGGAGGCUGACUGGCCCAGUGGCAGGGGCAGGAGGGCAGCGUGGAAGAAGGAGGGGUAGGCAGGGCUAUGGGGGUCUCAGCCUCUACUGCAGCUGGGCCCUGAGCACCUCCCACCCCCAAUUAUGCCCUUGACUGCCCUUGGUAGAAGGCACUUCUCAGAGACCUCACAGGCACUGUAAGUCACCGUCCCCUCAGGUCAGGGAACGAUCGGAUUCUGACACCUUCCAGUCCUGGGGCCAUAUGGCUGGUGCGGUUACCGGCAGGGGAGUGUAUGACCUGCCCCUUGUAUGCCAUGCCGCCCGUGCCAAUGCAGAGAGGGAAGCCUCCAUGGCUCCAAGGUCACGAGGCUGCAGAGAGCCCACCCCAGAGAGCCAUGCUUCCCAACUCUCAUUCCCCUAACCCUCCUCCUAGGUUGGGUACCUGUACGUGUGUGUAUUGGGGGGGUGGUGCUAGGUGCCUUAAAGAGUCUCUUCUCUCUACUCCCCCGUCUCCUCAGUCCCCGGCACUCACCAUCUUCUCCGUCUUACUGAGGUUGACAUCCUUCUUGCUCCGGCGCCGUGCCUUGGCGUCCUCAAUGUCCAUGAGGCGGAUGAGGGGCAUGGUGCUGCCACCCAGCAGCAGGAUGGUAAAGAGCACGAUGAUGAUGGUGGUGGUGCCGAUGAGCUGCCGCUUCUCCAUGGGCUCCAGGUCCAGGUGCAGGCUCAGGGCAUAGGGGAUGGCGCCCCGCAGGCCUGUGGGCACAGAAUGCGGGUUAAGAGGGGAGGAUGUGGGUUAAGAGGGGAGGGUGGAGUGACAUCACUGACCAGUCAGGCAUUCUCCAUGUCCCACUGGAGAGCCCUGACUCCUUCUGAAGGCUCUGGGGUAUGACAACGGCAGGCUGCAGGGAUGUGGGAGCUGAUAACACUGCACCCCUGCUCUCACGUCCCAGGGUGGCUGAGCAGAUCAAUGAGAAGGCCUGGCCAGGCUACAAAGCACAAGUGUGUAUGUGUGAGCGUAAGGGUUAACCAAGCCCACACUCACAUUUUAGAAACAAUACACAGCUAGUGUAUAGUACUGUGUGCCCGGCCCCACACUAAGUGCUCUACAUGCAGUCACACUGGACCGUCACAGGAAACCCUGUAAACAACAUAUACCUGAGGAACCGAGGCUACGUGAAUCAAGCAUCCUGCCAGGGCCAAGCAGCUCACCCAGGUAACAGCACAGAAGGCCGCUGGCAGCACUGACUGUGCUCUGGGUGUCUGGUGGGGGUAAGCGGCUGCCAGGAACUGCACCAUCAACUCUCACUUAACUGCCUUUCUGGUCCCCCAGCAAGGCUGCUGCUGGGCUUGGAUGUGGACUGCAGCUGAGGAACGGCACUGUCCUCUAGGAGGUGCUUUCUGCUUACCGGGAGCCAUGUGGAAGGGAACAGGGCAGACCUGGCCUUGCCCUCACGGCGCUCCCAGAGCAGCUGGGAGAAGAAACACCGUGCAGGUACCUGUGUCAGCAAAGGCUUGGACAGGCAGGCAUACGGCGACAGGACCUCACAUCAGGAUGGGAGUUGUGGGGAAGGAGAGACCAGCAUUCCAAUUGGGAACAGCCGAUACAGCAGCCCAGAGUCAAGGAGGAAGGCCAGCAGGACAGCUGUGUUGUGUAAAGGAUGUGAGCUGGGCCCUGACAAGGCAGGGCCUGCAACUCUGAAAGGGACCCUGGACUGUGUCCUACGGACACUGGAAGCACUUCUGUGAUGUGACAGAUGUGUCCUGUGGAAGGGGGAUGCUGACUACAAAGCAGGCUGGACAGGAAGGCCAGUUGUCUUAGACAAUGAGAUUGCAAUGUCUCCACUUAGAAUUUUCAAGGCCUUGGGUCAACCACUUCACAGAAAAAAGCAAUUAAGGAAUUGGUAACCAAAGAAAAAAAAUCUUUUUUCCUCACUGACAAAACAGAUGGAGGAAAAAUAGAGCAGCUCUCGCUAUACACUUUUUUUUUUUAAACAAAGCCUUUUGAAAGAGAACCCUGAGACACAUUUAUGACUCUGCUAUUGGAUUAGAGAAGAGCCUCAUGAAGCAUGCUCCUGUACCCCGCCCCACAAGGAAAUACUUUAAUUAAAAUAUUUUAACAAGAAAGCAUAAAGAACUGUGUAUACUGCUCGAAAGAAAAUUUAAAGAUGCCUAAGGAUCUAGUUCUUUAGGAGCCAAAGAUUUAUGAAAUCAUUUCCAUCCUUUAAAAAGUAGACAGUAGCUGAAACUUUCACGUAAAUAGGAAACCUUUAAAGAAUCAGAACUUUGCGACUGAAUGAAAACACAACAUGUAGUACGAAACAAUUCCCGCUUUCACCUGUUUUGUUUGGAGCACAUUAUGACUUCAACCUGGAAAACACAGAGGUAAGCCUGAAGUUAUUCACCUCUCACCCUGGCCUGUACCUGCACACAGGUAAGCGCGGAGUCAUUCACCUCUCACCCCGAGCUAUACCCUCACAGAGGUAAACCCAGAGUCAUCCACCUCUCAUCCCAGGCUACACCCUCACACAGAUAAGCCCAGAGUCAUCGUCUCUCACCCCCGGCUGCCCCCUCAGGCCAAGGAAGUCACCUGCUCUAAGCAAGUCCUUUUCCCUCUGAGCCUGAACCUUCUCAUCUGUAGAAAAGGCCCAGCACCACCCAUUUCACAGCGCUGCUGCGAUGGGGGCUCUGCUAAGUGCCUAGCCCAGGGCCUGCUUUAUGGCACUGACCCAAACCAAACCCAUAGGCGUCCAGGCGACUCUGACUCACAGCAGCCGUACAGGACAGGGCAGAAGUUCCCCAGAGGACUCCCAAGGCUGUCAUCUUUACAGAAGCAGGCUGCCACCCUGUCUCCUGUGGAACUGCUGGGGGGCUGAAACCGUGGCAGCUGGGCCCCUGACCACUGCGCCACCAGGGCUGCUUUCCUUCACAGUAGAUGCCGGUUAAAUAGAAGCUUUUACUAUUUUUGGUUUCUGAGGCAAAUUCGUUUUCAAAGGGCUCUCGCCGGUACCUGCACAUUCUCUCUGUGUGGGGUGCACCUUUAUUUUCCUUCUGCCCGUUUCUUCAGGAUUUGACUUACCACUAAACCACAUGAUGAACAUCAUCUUUGGUGUGAUUUUAUGAUCACGGAAGAAAUUCAGGAGGUAGGAAAGGGGAAAAAUGUUCACCGCUCUGCCAAACAGUACCAGCACCUGUUAACAGCAACAAACCAAGUCUGAGAUGGAACGCUCUCUAGUUCUUCAAGCUGCAGCUUGUUGCCACAAAUGUGGACCUCGGCACACACCCAUGCUAAAUGCAGCACUCCCCUCGGUCAUAAAUGGUGUGAAUAGCACAAUGCUCGUCACAGACUGGGUGUGGGUGUGUGGCUGUCAGUUUCUGUGUGUCUGGGAAAGGAUAAAGCUUUGUACAUGAAGUUUCAGUAGCUGGAAAAGAGGCCUAGCAGGGUAUCAAUGACUGCGUUGGCAAUGACAGUGGAACAAAGCCAAAUGCCAACAGGGCGGGCAGACGUCUCCACAGAUUAAUUUAAGGGCACUCCUGCCUCCUCUGAAGGCGGUUCACCAUGGGACAGGGCUGCACUAAUCAUCCCCACUGGGCCAGCUCUGGAGGGACAGACAAGGUGUCUCUGCCUCUCCCAGGGCGCCCCACUCCUCAGGGAGAACAGGAGACUGAGAAGGGCCUGCCUGUGCCGGGAAACGCCGCUCUCCUGGCAGAAGGAGCACGCUUCAGCCAGGGCUCGGAAAUGCCCCAAACCCUGCCUUGCCAGUUGCUAGCCACAGCUUUUGGUGCCUGUUAUAUUGAAUUAUGUCCCCCCAAAGUAUGUGUAAUUCCUAACCCCUAUACCUGUGGUUAUAAUCCCAUUUGGUAAUGGGUUUUCUUUAUGUUAAGAGGCCAUAUCAGUUAGGGUAUGUUUUAAGCCAAUCACCUUUGAGAUAUAAAAAGCAGAUUAGGACAGAGAAGCAAGCAGAGAUGGGUAAGAGAAAUGCCAUGCCACAUGAAGAUUGCCAAAGAACAGAAGCUGAAGAGACAAGGACCUUAAUCCAGAGCUGACAGAGAGAAAGCCUUCCCUCAAGAGCCAGCACCCUGAAUUUGGAUUUCUAGCCUCCUAACUGUGAGAACAUAAACUUCUGUUUGUUAGACCCACCUGUGGUAUUUCUGUUAUAGCAGCACUAGAUGAUAAUUAAACAGUGCCUAACCAUCUCCAAAGGCACACUGGUCUUAACAAAAAAUAGCUUUACGUAAAGUUUAAAUCUUAUCUAAGUGGAUUCUUAGAACAAUUUAUUAAUCUGCUUUCAUUUUCUACAUCUUGGUUCUGACUUUAAUUAACUAGAAAAGAAUCAUAUACACAUGGACAUUCUUUGGGCUCCAGUUUGUUCUUUCAACGAGCACGAAUUGAGUGUGCUUUGGAUGGUGUGCCUUAGACGGUAAUAGUUGCUGUCAAUCAUCAUAUAUUUCUACUCCAGACAAUGUGCUAAGCACUUUACAAACAUUAUCCUGUGACAUUUAACUCCUUGCAGUGGUCUUACGCACUACUGUCCUCAUUUUAUAGACAAGGACACUGGGAUAGUGAGAAGUUAAGUAUCUGGUCCAAGUUGACCCAGAUAGGAAGCGGUGGGGCCGUCUCAAACCUGGUUCAGACCCCAAAGCCCAUGAUCUUAACCAUGAAGCCGAGUCCACCUGGUAGCAGGCACUGUAAUCAGUCUGAAUAGCACAGGUCAGCCUCCAGGAGCCACAGGGCCAGCCUGUGACUAUGUGCUUGGGGAAUCUGAGUUACCACCCGGGGCACUCUCUCAUCUUCCUUUCCUCCUGGCCCACGGCUGAGACAGGCACCUCCCUUUACCACCCGCUGAAAUCCAAUCUUCCAUCCCCACACUGACGUUUCAGGUUUGACCAAACGUGGCCCCUUUUACCCAGUGACCACACUAAAGACUAUUAUAUUUUCUGUAAACGACUUUUGCUGCCAGUCUCUUGUCCUGAAACCUGAGUUUGGAGGACAGGCAGGUAACAGGGACAAACAGCAAUGAGCUUUUGCAGGCCGAGAGGUGGCAGUGCCCAGACUGCAAGGGGAAACAUCUUUUUCCUUAGGGUUUCUUAGCUUCUCUCUGCCUCAGUUUCCCCACAUGCCAAAUAGGUAGGCUUGACUGGUUUAUACAGGCUAGAUGAUAGUGGUUAAAAAAAAAAGGUGAUUCCCUUCCCAUAGCUGGCUUUUGUUAAAUGGAGUUGGCAAUAGAAGUUGACUGAGGCUGAAUUAUGAUAACUCAACCACACUAAGGUGUGCUUCUUUAGGGUCUUAAAUUCACGGAGGCUCUAAAGAGACAGCAAAGGCGUGAAAUGCGGGAUCAGAGUACAUGCAGGCACGAAUCAGCAGGAGGCUGGAGACACACUGAAGGGGAGAGACCGGAGGAGGCACACAGACAAGGGGCCUGGGCUCACCAGGCUUAAUGCCCAAGUGUUUAGAGCCAUUAAGGGCACAGGUCAGUCAGGUGCCUGACAGCGUGGGGCCUUUCUUUUAAACGCUAAACUUGUAUUUUCUCCCCAUUCUACAACCAAAAAGAUUUGAUUCUACUGCAAAUGACUAAACCUCUAUUUUCAUUUUUUAAAGGUAUAUUUUAAUUCGUCUCCUACCACCGCCCCAGUCCAAUUAUAACACUGUUUCCCAGAUCUUCUCGAUCAGAAGAAUCAUCUGGGAUGAUUUCUCUGGGUGAGUCUCCAGGGCGAGUAAGGGCCUGGGAAUCUUUAAACAAGUGUCCAAGUGUCAUAAAGAAAUAGACAUAAUAGGGGAAAACUGCAUUAAAAGGUAAGCAUGUUCAUUAUAAAUUAUCCGGAAAAGGAGAAAAGAAAAUCAUUCCCAUAUUUGGCUAUAUUUUCUUUACAUUUUUUUUUUGUUUCUAUGCAUAAUGUUUUUACAUGAGAUGCUCAAACUACAUAUUCAAUUUUGGAGUCUGCUUUUUCCAUUUUACAUAAAAACACAUCAACUUGUACUUUUUAAAGAGGACCAUAACAUUCCAGGCCACUGAAAAUUAAAAAGCAAACAAAAAUCUUUUUCCAGGGAUAUGCAUUCACUCGAUCCCAUCCUUUUUCCCCUUUAUUGUGUGUUUGUGAUUUUUUAACAAAACAAACAUAAACAGAAGAGUGUCUGUGUAGCUGUUGACUUUGAACAGUGAACAGUUACAUCAAUGAAUCCAGAACAUGUGGUUAUUAAUCUACAAAUAAGUAAUUAAAUAAAAAACGAGGAAAAUACUUACUAUGCACCAGAUGACAAAGGAAAUUUCAAACUUGUGAGGGAAACUAAAAAUGGACAGGCCAAGAAAUGCAAACACACAUGUUUCUGAAACAAACCAAAGAAUGGAUUAUUCAGCCCCAGCUAUUUUCUUCCCCAGUGUAGUACUAAAUUGUUAAACAAGCAAACAUGCAGAAGUAAGUCGGAACCCGAUACAGCACUCUGCUGAUUUCCUGGGAAAUCCGUGACCAAUGCAUUGGGCAACCUUGUGCUUAGAUUCUCUAUCACUCGAAGUGACAAAUUCCUGCUCUCCAGAACCUCCUCAUUUAAUGAGUCAACUGUCAAAUACUUGAGCAAACAAACACCAUCCCACCCAGGGAAGAUGAUAAAUGUAUGAGUCUGUCCAUUUGCUGAACACCGUGAUUAGCAAGGAUCCUGACUGCAGCAAAGUGGCAAAAAUUCAGAGCUGAUGACUGGUGGCAUCACGGAACAAGCAUCAAAGGGCCUUUUGUUUAACCUCCUUGCCAGAGUGGAUGGAGCCAAGUGGCUGACUUAACUUAUGUUGACACCGUCACCAGGUUUAGAAUGCGGCUUAAACCCAGCAGGAACUGCAGGAAGAGUUACAUUUCCAAUUCUUGGCUCCACUCUGCAAGUCAGAGUCUCUCACUGACUUGUUGUACAGUCAGUCAGUCAGUCACUUGGGUAUUUAAGAAAAGGCCCCUUUUAAAUUUCUAACACCGUGCUCCUUGCUUAAACUGUGUUGUUCCCCAGAAAAAUCAAGUAACUAAGGAGAGACAAAGACUGUAUUUUAAAAUAGUUCAACAUAGUAAAAUGGUAUCUCUGUUUAAAACAUUUUAGCAAAGCUUUUUUCACAUCUGUCCUUUUAAAACAAGUCCACAGGCUGGAUGGUGUACUCCUCCUCCUCCUCCUGAAUUUUUCUCUUGUCUAAUAAAUAUUUUUACGAUCUUUCCAAAUCAGCACAUUCAGAUGGACUUUAUGCAUCUCCCUGGUGGCAUAAAAUCUAUGAGCUUGGUAAUUUAACCAAUCCCUGGUAAACGGACAUUGAAAUCGUGUCUAUUUCUGAUAUUACGACCACAACAAACAUCCCUGUACACAGGGUAAAUUCCUGGUAGGGAAACUGCCAGGUCAAAGAGCAUGUGCCUUUGAAGUUCAGAUAGAUGCCACCAAUGACUUUCAGAAGGAUGAUGUCAGUGCACACUCCCAUCAGUGGGCCUGCUUUCCACACACCGUGUCAGAAGUGGGUAUCAUCAAACUCAAAAUUUGCCAAUCUGAUGGGUAAAAAAAAGAAUUUGAGGGAUGUUCUGCUUUGCAUUCCUUUAAUUGUGAGGGUCAGGGUCAGAAUCUUUAGCCAUAGCCUUUUUUUUUCCAAAUGAUUUUUUUGUUGUUGAGAAUAUACACAGCAGAGCACACACCAGUUCAAUAGUUUCUACAUGUACAAUUCAGUGACACUGAUUACAUUCUGAGUCGUGCAACUAUUCUCACCCUCCUUUUCUGAGUUGUUCUUCCACUAUUAACAUAAACUCAUUGGCCCCUAAGUUUCCUAAUUUUCGAGUUGCUGUUGUCAGUUUGAUCCUUUAUAGACACUUAAACAAGCACAAUGCUCAAGACAGACAUUUUUUAUUAGUUAAUCUAAACUACCGUUUGGUUUUAAGAAGACUUUAGGAGAUAUUUUUGGAUUAAGGUUUAAAGAUUACCUCAGGGCAAUAGUUCCGGGGGUUCAUCCAGCCUCCAUGGCUACAGAAAGUCGGAAUUCCAUUACACAUGGGUUUUUGAGAGGGGUGCUCUGAAAAAAUACCCACUAGACUAGGAAUGAAGAGACCUGGCUUCCAGACUCACCCCUCAGCCAGGGGACCGUGGGCAGGUCAUUUUACCUCUCUCACCUGAGCUUCCUUGUCUGUAGAUGGGGAUGAAACCGCUAUGUGGCCUGACUCCUCAGACACAAAAGUAGGGAGCUAGUGCUUCAGAAUUUGGCAAGCCCCCCGAGAUGCCUGCUGAUGCUGAUGCGGACCGCUAGGACACAGCCACUUAGGGGCCAGCUUACAGAGACAGUCCAGGUAUAAACCGGGGAGGAGAUACGUGUGUGCGAACGUGAAUGUGUGUCUGAGCAUGGGAGGAGGGGAAGACCGUGCCCGAGAACUCAGAUUAAAACUGUUUAAAAGAAAAAGUCAACUGGUGUAUUUGACCCCAACAAAUGACACUGCUAACGGGGAAUUUCCCAAAUUUAUGUCCUUCAAGAUGUUCUUACAAAUAGGUUCUGUGGACGAGUUUGGGAAAUGCUCUACCUCCCCCUUAGAAAUUGACAUGCAUGUUAGCACACUGGUUCUGAAACAUCCUGCCAGGGGAAAUCCCAACUGACUCCCAGACAGGGGUGAGAGGAAUGUUUGGGACCGGGCAGGCCCACGUGACACCAGAGAGGCAGCACUCACCGCACAGGAAGGCCACGGUCCUCAGGGUUUGCUGCAUGAGGAUCUGGGUGACCGGGGAGAGGUUAUGGUGCGUGUAGUGGGACAUCACGAUGCCCGAGAACAGGAUGGCCAUAAUGCCUAGAGUUGCAGGGGUAAAGUGCACAGACAUGAACAUCAGAAAAGCAUCUACCAUGGGAUACACAAAUAACAACUCACACUUCCAGCAAGUCCCUGCAGCCUACAGUAUUAAGAACGAAAAUGGAAAAGAAAAGGGAGAAGGGAAUAAUGCCUGAGGUCUCCCAGGGACUUCAAAGAAAAACUGAAGGGCCCCUCCUCUCUGGCAGCUUCACUAUCAGCUGUGUGACCUUGGGCCAAGUGACUUCCCCUCCCCAAGCCUCAGUUUUUAUGUCUGUAUAGUGGGACUAAUAUAGUACCGACUCAUAGAACUGUUAGGAAGGUGAGUGAAGACAAGUCACAUGAAGUACUCAUCCAUUACUGUGGUCUGCAGAUCUAGAGAGGCAGGAAAACCAGACGAUCUUGAGGCAGAAAGGGAGUUUAAGAAUCUGAGUAUGAAGAAUCGUGAUUUUGAUUUUUUUUAAUACUUUUCCUUAAUUUUGAAUUUCUCUAUAAUCAUCAUGUAUUACUCUUGCGAUACAAAAAAAAAAAAAAAAAGAAAGAUGCACUUUUCAAAAAAGGUAUCUUUUCUUCAAAGCCCUCCACAAGAGCAUCUACAGCUUCCUCACUUACUCAGGAUUUGAGCCUCCACCUCUGUCCACUGCCCCCCAAUUCCUCCCACAACGCUUUACACAGAUGUCUUCUCAGUACACCUCUGCCUAGGCACAGAGAAGAGCUCUCUACUUCAUGUAAGGAAACUGAGAUUUUUUAAAAAGCCAUCAAACAGGGAUUGCAAAUCAAACUUUGUAAGUUUAUCUCUUCUGUUGCUUUAUAGAAACAAGGAUUAGUGACUAACUUUCCACUUACGAAAGGGUAAAAAUUACAGCAUUGCAUCUGAGACAUUUCAGCUGCUAAGCUUAUAAACAACCCUACAAACCAGAGAAAAAUCCCUACUCUUCGUACUACCCAAUCGGCACUUGCUGGUCUUAGUAACAAUGGUAGCUGGGACAUUUUCUCUCCUAAAACCAAAAACCUGUUGCCAUUGACUCAAUUCCUACUCAUCGACACUAUAGGACAGAGCAGCGCUGGUGGAUUUGAACUGCUGACCUUUUGGUUAGCAGCCGAGCUCUUAAUCACUGUGCUACCAAGCCUCCUUUUUUUUCUCUUAGGCAAUAGAGAUUUCUUUCUCUCUCACUUUUUCCCCAGAAAGGAGGGCAGAUGGAGAAAUUCCAGCAAUGUUCCCACAGACACUCAGGACAAGAUGGGAGAAAGGAAACAAGUAGGCAGGAGACUUCUUUACUUGCCAUUUUAGAGCAAUGAGAAGAUUCUUGGGUACUCAAGAGCUGUACUGAAUCACUAUUCUACUGGAUAAAAGACAAACACAACCACCACCUUCAGUCUUUUCUCUACAUUCUCAGUAUGCUCUGCAGGUGACUGCCAGGAGAGCCGGCCCUUCCUGGUCCUGCAACAAAACGCAGGGCAUGGAGGCCGUCAAAAGGUGGCACCACAUAGUGCCUAACAGAAGAGACCAAAACCCAGGUUUGCUCUCCACCGCCACCCUUGAGACUGGGGGAGGGGACACAGAGCUGCCAAAGGGCUUUGUUUAACCAGCAUGCUUCUAGAGGGGCUAUCAACCCACUGGCAAAGCUAGACUGUAAUUCUCACCUUGAAGUAAAAGUCAACCCAAGGGGAGCCUGAGCCUUGUUUAAGUAGUAACACGAAUUACCUUCCACCCAAAUUGUUGUCCUGCACACAGAGUGAGGUCCUCGACAUUGAACAGUCACUCCAGAGAGCCAAAGGCUCCAGGGAGUAAGGUCUGACAGUAGGAUGUAGUAAGUUCCCUUGGGACUGAACAUUUGAGGGAGACCACUGUCAGGGCCCUGAGAGCUUCCUACCACCCAGGCCUGUCCUGCCCCAGCACUCUCCAACAAGGAGAUAGGCAUAGAACGGGACUGGCUACAGUUUCACCUGUGCACAAGAUGGGGGGGCGGGGGGCUGGAAACGCAAACCCCUCAGGGGCCAGGUAAGUUACAAUAAGUGGGUGAGUGGCUCAUGGGAAAACUAAGGCACAAGCCCAUCUAAAAAGGGCUGGCGGUCUCCCUAUGGGACUGCAGGCCUAAGGCUGGCCAGUCUUCUUUCUGGUUUUCUGAAAGAUGCCAGAAACCUGUUUCUUAUGGGAAAUGUCCCAACUUUUAACGAUGGCAACUAACUCAAGUUUUAAAAAUUUCUCUGACUAGGUAAACAAACCCCAUCUGGGUGUUAAGCUGGGCCCGUGGCUGCUACCUGUGCACUUGACCUACUGAUGUUGGAGACAGGCUGUGUGACCAAUCCAAGAGUGAAGAGACAGCCCUACCUUCACCCUGGACUGGUCUUGCGUUGGGGGCACCUCUCAAGUUCUGUCAGCAGUGGGUCCAAAAGCCUGAGGGACAGGUGAAGCGUCUGCCCUACAUGCCCUCCCUACGCAAAGACCACUUCACCACCCAAGCCACCCUCAUUCACUACAGCUGCUGCUGGACAGGCCGUAAGAGCAUGAAAAGGUGCCCAUGGCACAGACUAGCCUCGCUUUUAUAGACAAAGGGCAUGGGUGUUUUCCAAAAUAUCCUGUAAGGAAGAAUUCCUGACACAUUUAAUUUUUAAAGAAAAAAAUCAUUUAAGGAAGCAAGAUAACAAUGUAAGAAAAACUUUCAGCCUACUGGAAAGAAGAAAAGGAGGGAAAAAGGGAGGGAAGGAGGAAAUCCUUUUCUAGUUCAAGGUUAAAUCGUUUUCGACUUAAUAAAGGAAUGUAGUAAAGGGGUUUAAGCCUAAAAGGCAGACCUCAACCAUGGCAUUGUGUGCUUAUCACUCACUGUAUCCCUUACUCACUGGAGUAAACUAUCACAUGCUUCUUGAAGGCUGAGUCAAACCACACUCAGUCUUCUUUGCUAAUUACUCAAUAUAUAAAUAUAUUUUGCUAUAAAACAUUCUGACUCAGAGGUAUACAGUAAAACACAGAACCUCCGUUUAUACCCCCUGCCCAGAAGCAAGAACUAUUGAGUUUGAUGUGCAGAUCAUUAGUCCUUUUACUAUGCAAUCAUAUAUACGUGAUUAUUUAUCUCAAAAAAAAGUUAAUAAGCAGGAUAUUAUAUAUAUGGCAUGUACUACCAGCAGAAUAGAUUUUUAGAAGACCUCCAAUGCUUGCCUUUGCACAUAUAAUAGAAUCCCAAGUUCCUGCCUGGCCCACAGAGCCCUGCAGGACCAGUCCUCGCCCCCUCACCAGUGCACUCUGUUCCAUGCACACUGGUCUCUCACGCUUCCAGGAGCCUGCUGUCCUCUCUCACUCCUACGUGGGAGCCUUAACACCUGCUGUUCCACCGCCAGACACUUUCCCCAGAUCUUCCCACGGCUAGCCCUUCUCACCAUCCAGGUCUUAGCUGGGGUCACCUCCUUGGGGAGGCCUUCCCUGACUCCCCUAUCUGAUGAGUUCUCUGCCCUCAUGCCACUCUGCCACAUUACUCUGAUUUCUACUCUUCAUGUCAUUUCAUAUCCACCUGAAAUUACCCUGUUUGCUGACUUGCUUAUUGUCUUUCUUCUGCAGGCAGGAAUCUGAUCUUAUCUUGUUUGCUACCGCAGCCCUGAUAUGAAGGAUCAUUCUUAGCACAGGGCAGGCACUUAAUACGUAUUUAUUGAACGGACAGAUGCGUUUUUAGCUUGCUUUCAUAAAACUGAACAAUGUAUCUUGGAGUUCCUUCCAUGAUAGUACAAACAGGUAAAUUCACCUCUUAAGUGGCUGCAUAGUCUCCACUGGAUCAGAACUUACUUCAUCUCUCCCAUUACUGACAAACACUGAGUUGCUUCCAGUUUUUCUCUCUAACCGUGCUGCAGUGGGACUCCUGGUGUAGACACCAGUGCGUGUGACUGCUGUACGAUACCGUCCAUCUCUGCCGACGUCCUCCCAACACUUUAGAGAGUGCUAUGUCCUUGAGUCGGAAUCGACUCGACGGCAGUGGGUUUGGUUACGUCCUGAUCUGUCUUGUAAACAUAUCAUCCAACCCCAAACAUCCCAUCCAGUGACUCACCUGUCCCUCAGCCCCCCCGUUUGCUAAGCUGUGUCUGCUGAGGACAAGGAUGGAGUCUGGACAUCUUUGAGUCUUUAAAGCCAGAUGGUAAAGUGGCCCUCAAAACUGGCCUGAAAGAACCAUAAAAAGAGCUAAAACGGAUACAGCCAGAACAAUGAUUCUGAGAACAGCUAAUGCUUCCUGAGGAAUAAUUACGGAGACGAUUUAUUUUGUUUUCUAAAAUCAGGACACUUUUCAGGGUGACAGGUAGUGUUAGUAAUUUAUCACACUGGGACAAAAGGGGAAAACUGGAGGUGUUGAGGGCAAACCAGGGUGUAUGGUCACCCCGGCAGUAACACCAGGCACUGACGCCCCUGCCAAGAGUCUUCCUUACAUCAGUUCCCUUUUAUGAUUUCUGCUUUAUGAUAAAGAAGUGGAGGCUCAGAGUGGUUAGGUCUGUCACUGUCAUGGAUUAAAUUAUGUCCUCCCAAAAAUGGGGUACUGGGUUCCCCCAAAAUGUGUGUAUCAAUUUGGCUGGGCCACGAUUCCCAGUAUUGUCUCAUUGUCCUCCAUUGUGUGAUUGUAAUUUUAUGUUAAAAAGGAUUAGGGUGUGAUUAUAACACCCUUACUAAAGUCACAUGCUUCAUCCAAUGUAAAGGGGGUUUCCCUGGGGUGUGGCCUGCACCACGUUUUAACUUACAAGAGAUGAAAGGAAAGGGAAACAAGCAGAGCGUUGGGGACCUCAUAUCACCAGGAAAGCAGCGCUGGGAGCAGAGCCAGUCCUUUGGACCCAGGAUCCCAGCAUGAAGCUCCUAGUCUAGGGGAAGACUGAUGAGAAGGCCAGCAGAGACAGAAAGCCUUCCCCUGGAGCUGACACCCUGAAUGUGGACUUUUAGCCUACUUUACUGUGAGGAAAUAAACUUCUCUUUGUUAAAGGCAUCCACUUGUGAUAUUUCUGUUAUAGCAGUGCUAGAUGACAGUCACCAUCUCAGGUCACAUAUCUAAUGAGAGGUGGAGCAGAGAUCUGAACCUGGGUCUGUCCAGUUACACAGCCCCAGUUCUUAACCACUGUGUUCUAAACAUGUGGUUUCCAGUAAGUGCUUCGUAGGGAGAGAAUGUCCUGCUCAGUGGUCUUGGGAAUCACUCGCAGUAAACCUUCUGUGCUAGUCAGAAAAUGGGGAGCACAAAAAGGCAGGAAAAGCGAGCAAAAGUACCACCCAUUCCCUCUAUGUCCCUUACAGUGGGGUCUCAGGGGUCCAUGCAACACACCAAGGCCAUCCUGCCACUCCUUGAAAGCCCUGCGUGGCCACAGGCCCACAGUUGAUUUUGACAAACAUCCCUGAAGAUACAGUGUGGGCAGAGACGGUCCCAUAACCCAUCAUUGGGGCUUGCACAUGCUCCGUGGCCCCACUGGCAGGUGUAGCAGAGGUCCCCAAGGAAAGGAAAGCCCUGUAAAUAGAAAACACAGCCACUCUGAAGACAGGACAAGGGAAAUGCUCUCUUGCUUUCAUCACAAAUUCCAAACCAAUGCAUAAGAUAUGUCUUUGCCACCGGGUACUCAGCGUUCAUCUCAAGGGAGUGGGGGAACAGUUUAAAAAAACAGAAGUAAAAAUAGCGAGGCUAGAGCCCAAUAAUUCACAGGUAACGUUUAUAUAAGUACCAAAACUGAAUAAAGAUGAAAGACGGAACUUGAUGGCAGAUACUGGGAUGAAAUUAUCCAAGAGACCUGGCUUAGGAUUGAAAAUACAAAAAACAAAACCCUGAGGUUUACAGAGAGAUCCCCAGUGAGGAUGGCCAGAGUCCACGCCGCUUCCUCCUAGGCAGGAUGGGCUCGCAGGGCAGCCACACAUCAGCAGAUGGUGAACUGUGGGGAGAAGGAUCCUGUUCAACUGAGUCUAGUAAAAACCACCAGGGACUUCCACUUCACCCAGGAGUAAAUGAUUGCUACAGGAAUGGCCUUCCUGCCAAAAACAACUAGAAAACCAGAUAAAGUAAUGAAAACAAAACUGUUUCCUAAUACUGGACCACAGGCAGGGCAGGACUGUGAUUCCUGACAGAGGGGAAAGAAGUAAAAGCAGCCCAAUGAAUGCCAAAGUUUACCGGCCUGAGGUAGUUCCCGAGUGAGGCUCAGGGAGGGGAAACCCAAGCAGAGCCCAGCCACCUGAGUCUUGCUGAGAAGAGGAGAUGGAGAUUUCAGCCAGUGGAGGCCGAGCCAGCUAGAAUACCAGAGAGGAAAGGCUUCACAGAAAGAAAAAAAAAAAAAACAAACCCACUGCCAUUGAG